CACUAUCCAGGAAGGCUAAAGUCAUUCGAUCUCUUUCAUCAUGUUCAGAAUAUAAAAGGACCCCUGAUACCUCCUUUCGAUGUCAGAAAGCUUCGUUCUGACAGAGAAACCUCCUCCUCCCCCGGAUUUCGUAUUCUCACCAUGAGAGCAUUGGAGGGCUUCGAUUAUGUCAUUGGAUCCUCAAAAGGCAUAGAAUCGAAAGCCCCCUCAAAGUCAUAG